AUGAGUAGUUCAGUAGAAUUAUCUUCAUCAGAUGAUUCAUCUGAUGAAGAAAUAGUUUUAGAAAUAAUUAUGAGACUUCCAAAACCUAGAGUUGUUCGUGAGAGGUAUAAUCCUUUAAACAAUUUUGAUGAUCAUGAGUUUAAAUGUCGGUUUAGAUUAUCCAAACAAACGUUUUUGAUAUUGUUGCACAUGAUCGAAGAUGAAAUUAUGCAUCAAACGUGUUGCAAUAAUGCAAUUUCACCAGUAAAUCAAUUGUUAGUGGCUCUUCGAUAUUAUGCAACUGGAGCAUUUCAGGAAGUGAUGGGAGAUUUAAUCCAUAUUCACAAAUCUACUGUUUGCCGGAUUAUUAAACGUGUUUCUGUAGCAAUUGCUAAACUUCGGCAUCACUUUAUUAAAAUGCCAACCUCUCAAAAUGAACAACAUGCUAUACAGUUGGGAUUUUAUAGAAUGAGAGGUUUUCCAACAGUAAUAGGUGCUAUUGAUUGCUCACACGUUCGAAUACAAUCACCCAAUAGUGAUAUAGGGGAACAAUUUCGAAACAGAAAAGGAUAUUUCAGCAUCAAUGUACAAGCAGUAUGUACUAGUAAUCUUGUAAUUACUAAUUUAGUUGCUAGAUGGCCUGGUUCUGUCCAUGAUUCAACAAUUUUUGAUAAUAGCAUGCUUCGAGCACAAUUUGAAAAUAAUGAGUUUGGCAAGUGUGUUUUGCUUGGGGAUGGAGGAUACCCAUGUCGAAGCUAUUUAUUGACACCUUUACUAAAUCCACGAUCAGAAUCUGAGAGAAGAUAUCAGAAAGCACAAAUAGGAACUAGAAAUGUGAUUGAGAGACUAUUUGGAAUUUGGAAAAGAAGGUUUCCAGUAUUAGCUAUUGGAUUACGUACAAAGGAAGACACUACCAUGGCUACAAUUGUUGCAACAGCUGUUCUCCAUAAUUUAUUAAUCCAGGAAAAUGAUGUGAUGCCACCAGAAGAUAUAGUUGAUGACCAAGAAUUGUUUCAAGAAAUUACAACCUUACCAAUAGCAAGGCAAAAUGAAGUUGGGAAUGCAGUGAGAACAAAUUUAAUAAACACUGUAUUUCAUAUUUAA